AUGAAUUUCGAUUUUACCUUAAAAAAUUGCUGUGAACGCAAUCAAAACAUAACAUUUAUAACCAUUUCCGCGUGUGUACUUAUAAAUACACUAUUUUGGAAAUGUAAAAUAUUAGAGCCAUUUAAACUACUAACUGUUUUUUUGCAUGAAUUUUCUCAUGCCUCUGCUUGCUGGUUAACUGGAGGGAAAGUAAAAGGCAUAGAGGUGAACCGAGAUCAUGGGGGAUGCACAAACACAGUUGGAGGAAAUAAAUUCGUUAUAUUACCUGCGGGAUAUAUCGGUUCAUGUUUUUAUGGAAUGUUUUUUAUUUUGAUGGCAUAUAUACAUAAAUGGACAUUAUUAGCAUCAGCUGGAUUACUAUGUUUUUUAUUACUAAUUGUGUUAAUAUUUUAUGCCAACAAUUUUUUUUUGAGAUUUCUGUGUGUUCUUUUUCUGGGCACUACUAUAUUUAUUUGGUUUUUGUGUGUACAUUUCAAAGAGCAAGUAAAAGACUGGCCUUUAAAAAUAAUAAUGACUUUUAUAGGUGUAUUGAACGAGAUGUACAGUAUGGUAGAUAUUUUUGAGGAUUUAAUUACAAGAUCAACACCAGAGUCAGAUGCUUACAAAUAUGCAGAAUUAACAAAAUGUAACUCCAAAUUUUGUGGAGUUCUAUGGUUUUUAGUUAAUUUCCUUUUCAUUCUCUUAACCGUUUAUCUCAUCGCUGCUAUUCAAGUGAACGAGUUUGAUAAAUGA